UCAUGUACCUCAAAAGAGAUGUUAAUACAUUUCAUUAAAAAAAAUAAUGUAUAGGGCCACCCACAAAAAAAAUCAUGUAUAGGGGUAAAUAUGUGAUAGUACUAAAUGAUGUUUGAGUGGUUUAGCACGCACACGUUAGUUCGCCCUUCUGUAACUACACCAAGCCGCCGCCCGCCCCAGCUGGGCUGGUGGACACGGUGUGCCGGAACAACACGUUUGUCCGCCCGGGAGGGCAUUAUAACGUGUCGGGCAUGAUAGACGGCAGCUACGCUUUGGAGGGAUGUAGCGCCAACGCCGUGCCGGUGCUGGGGCGUCUGGAGAGGCGAACCCCAGCGACUACGAGGAGCUCAUCAGCAAUGGCUUCCUCCUGACAUGGUAGCCACCAAAUCAUUAUACUGGUAAGCUCACUCACCCUUGUCAGUCGUUAAAUACUUCUCGGCAACAACUAGGCGUCAGGCAGUAGAUAAGUACCCAGGAUUGGACACUUCGACGCGACAAUUUUGUCCACUUAGAUGGUAAAAUCGCUUGCUGUUGGCGUAGAAUCCCCGGUUUCAAACAAGCUGGAGCACAGUAGAAGAUUUGGUUAGAAAUGACAAUACAUUUAAAAUUAGUAGUGAUAUUUUGAUUCCCCCAACGAAAAGGUGAGAGAUGCGAGACCUGUGACCGUCUGUCAUUGCUAGUGGCGAUAUGGCACCGUCUGUGCACCGUCCUGGAUGUGGCGGGCACUACCUGCAUCUCUAGCAUCAGCCAGUCCCGCCGAGGAGCUCGCGUGCCUCUGCCCCUAUGGCGUGCUGCGGUUGACAUGUGCCGGUAAGCCCCCAAAUUAGUUCCAUCAUCAUUCUAAAAUUUAAAUUCCAGAACAUUGAAAUGUACUAAUGAAAAGUGUGAUAGUUAUCUUCAAUGAUCAAUAGUACACUUGGUCAAGCUUUAAUCCACGGGCAGCAGUCACAUCGCGUCCCACCCCUGUGGCUGAGAGACUCUUAUGCCUCAUUUUCUUUCAGUGGACAAUUUACUCUUUUGAAAACCCCAUCUGCUGUUGAAUAAUCAACCGUUUAUACUAAAAAAAAAAGUGCUCACUUAGAUGAUCGAAAUCGCCUGGGCCUGGCCUCAAGUCCCCAGUCUCAACCAAACUGGAAAUGAUCAGCGAUAAAUGGAUUCCUCCAAAGAAGAGAAGUGAGAGAUGCCAGACCUGUCACCGUCUGUCAUUGCUAGUGGCAAAAUGGCACUGUCCUUCCGAUCUGUGCACUCCACACAAAAAUAUUUGACCAAUCAAGGUUUUGAAGUAAAAGACAAUUAUUUUUUGACCGUGGAUGGGCACAGCAAUUGUUAGGCCGUGUGAGACUAGUAUUUUUUUUUUUUGUCUCAAGUCUUCCCUUGCCCCGUCAAUUGGGAUACUCAGAGAAUCCGCAUGUUAGACGUACUAUGGCUGGCAAGGACUCAACUACGCCAGUAUAUACUAUAUAGUAUCACUCGUUCUUAAGCACAAUAUUCUCUCUUGUAUCGUAUCGUAUCUCCCCACAACACCCCUCCUAUUUUUUGCUGCACCAAAUUCCAAGCUUAUUCUCUGAUGGCCAUGGCCUGCUGCUGGCUCUUAGUUUUCGUCUGGGUUUGGUGGUUGCCAUUCAUGUUCGCCGGGGGUAAGGAGCAGCAAGGGGAGGGCUGCUCGGCGGAGAGGUGUGGCAACCUCACCAUCUCCGACCCAUUCUGGCUCACUGACCUGGAGACAGGAAGAUCGUGUGGUUCCUUGGAUUUCGAGGUCAAUUGCAAUAACAGUAUCCCAGUUCUCCGGAGCUCUGGGUCCACUGGAUUAAGUGGCUUCGCAAUCAAGGACAUCUUGCACGAGGAACGCAGUUUGCAUGUUGUUGAUUUGCACAAAGAGGAAGACUUUAACGUCUCCAAUGGCUGUCAUUUCCCGAGAUGGAACACCUCCCGUAAACUGGGACACCCGUUUAAGGUCAAUCCCAUCAACUUGAACCUCAUCUUCUACAACUGCACGAAGACGGUGGCGCUGGUGGAGGUGAGAUGCGUGAACACGAGCAACGCGUUUGUCUGCGCGGGAGUGCGCUACUACAUGACGGGGGGCUAUGCCGGGUACGCUUUGGAGGGCUGCGAUGCUAUCGUCGUGCCGGUUCUGGGCUCGCUGGGGGAGGUGAACGCGAGUAACUACAAGCGUCUCAUCAGCGAUGGCUUCGUCCUGACAUGGGAUCCACCCCCCGCACGUAAGUUCUUCAACCGCCAAUCGUCGUUUUAUGAAGUUCGUAGAUAA